AUGACAAAGUGGCAACAAGCACUGACAGAAAACGAUCUGUAUUAUAUCAAGUGCAUUCGAGUGACUGCACCACUCCCAUUCAUGAAGCAAUUGAAUUUCGAAGUGAUUGAUGUUCCUGGUUUGAAGAGUGGCUCCUUUAGCAAAAUCUUUGAAAGAAUGGCCAUGGAAGCUGGAAGAUGGGCAGAUCGAAUCCUAAUCUUUCCAAAUAGUUUCAGAUCAGAGUUUCCUACUGAUUACUUUGAAUUGAUGGGGAAAAUCUUCAACGAUCAUCACAUUCAAAGAAAUCCAAAGACUUUUUGUUAUUGCUUUGGUGGAAGAACCAUUAGUCCAGAGAAUGCAUCGAAAGAAUUCUUGGAUUGUCAAAGUGAGAAAACGACCAUCUCGAUCACAACAACAUUCAAGACGUAUCUUUCAGAUUUCUUUGAUUACAAGUUCGAUGACAUUCCAAGAGGACCCAAUGAGAGAUCAGCCAAUACUCAAAUUCAAUUUGUUGAAUCCAAGAAGAAAGUUUUAGUAUUUUUAAACUCUCAAUUCAUGUCCUUUCCAAUUCCUAACACGAAUUCACCAAAUUUCAAACAAGAAUUUGAAUAUACCAGAAACAGCUUUUCAUUGAUGGUAAAGAAAGAUCAAUUAAUUUACAUGAAUAGAUUAGCUCAGCAGAUUAGAGAAUUGGCAUUGAUAUGCAUUCCAAUCAUGAUUGCGAAAUCCAAGUACCAGACGGCCAAGAGUCGAAAAGAUGAAACAGAACAACUGAUGAAACAAUGUCACAAAUCUGUGAAAGCAAUUGUCAAAGGACUCAAACAAACAUUGAAAAAGAAGAAUCCAAAGAAAGCAAUUGGAGAGCUGUUGAAAGAACAUUCUCUCGUCUCAUGUGUUCAAUUAUCUAACAAUUCUUCUCACACCAAAUUGAUCAUUAGUCACUUGUCAGUCAUUGAAGAAUAUAUCAAAGCCAUUGCCAAAAAACAUUUGAUCACUGAAUCGACACGAGAUGUUGAAGAAGAUGUUAAAAACUUUUCAGAGGCAGUGCUUCCAUUUUUUGAUUUGAACCAUGAAAAUCAUAUUGUGCUGGCCACUGAGAUGAAAGGAGUUUUAAAUGAUUUGUUUUGCUCCUUCAUUAAGACCAGAGAAGUGGAAUAUGAAGGAAAUUUCAAUAUUCAUUUCUGUCCUUUGAAAAAAGAUGAACUCAACUCGAGUGUACUCAAGUUGCUUCUCAGGACCACUAUUCAGAUUUCUGCCAAAAUUGUUGCCAAUUCAGAUAGUGCUGUCAAAAAGAACAUGUACCGAAGAGACAAGACCACUGCGACCAUUCACAUUCUCAACCAUGAUGAUUUACCUGUUCAGAAAUCGUGCAUAAUGAACCUUUCGAUUAAGAAGAAUUUACAAGUAAUUCUUUCCAAUGUUCAAGAGAAUGAUUUUGAAUCUUUCAAAAAUUUUGUUCCUUCCAGUGUCUUGUUGAAUCACCAUGUCAAGACAAGAAUAGCUCCUGUGUUUUUCUUAGCUAGUCCCGAUGUGUCUCAUCUUGCUUUUCAAGAUAUUUGGGAAAUGUACACCACUGAAUCCUUAAUCAUUAUUGUCACACCAGAGGAGAAUGUGGACAUGUUCAGAGAUUUGGCCACUGAUUCGAACAAGAUGAAUCACCAAGUACGGAUUUUAAGUGUUCAUGUGGAGAAUGGUUUAUACUCUGAAGUGAUUCAUUUGGUAAAGCUCAAUAUCAAAUGUCUCUUUGAAUAUAUAAGUCCCUUGAAAGAAUAUGUUUCAAGUGAAUUUACUCUUAUACGAUAUUUGAGAAGUGCAGAGUCCAUUCUGUAUAAUGAAAUGAGUUUAGAUCAACAGAUGAAUGUGAUUGAACAGUUCUUAAAUGAAAGUAGACAAGCAAUCUAUAACCAUCAAUUGAAUAGUCUUAAAACUCUUCAACACUUUCUUACGAGAGAGAAUGUCGACACCUGUAUGGAAAAUGUGGCACGUUUUGUGGAAUCUCUAAGAAUGAUCGAUUCUGAAAUGAACAAGAAGAAUCCUUCUGAAAAAUCAUCAUGUUUUGAAAGUAGAUUCAAAACUUCAUUCUUUUCUAAAAACAAGGGAAGAGUGGGUUGUUGGGAUGGUAAAACCAGAGUCAUUGAUAAGAACAAGAUUUAUUCACGAGAUGGUUACAAUUAUUUCAUUUCUAAUUAUGCGACAGGAAUUGGGACGUAUUUGAUGCAAUCGAUUGAUUUGAUGAUGCCAGUGGCAGAUGAUAAAUUUACAAAGGAUCUUCCAGAGCAUUAUGAAACCAUUGAGUAUGGUUUUAGUGAUCGAAAGAUGAUUAAUUUUAGAACCAACCUGUUGGCUCAUGGAGUGGGAGGAUUCUUGCAUUUUGGAUUUAAAUAUCAAGUGGAAUCUUCCAAAGAUCAGAAAAGAAAAAGCUCAUCGUCAUCAUCUUCUUCUUCGAAAAAGAAUAGAAAAUAA